CAUUAGACUAUAUAUACGUCAUAGUAACUAGUGAUGGAUGCAUUCAAUUACCAAAUGCUAUUGCAUACUACAGAUCAUAACAUUGGUUAUGCAAAAAAAAAAUUAUCGACUCUGCUGAUUCGUAACAUGCAGAUUCGUUCGUUCAUUUGGUAGGUCGUCGGGUCGACGAAGGGUUGGCGACGUCGAGCGCCGGCGCCUAAUAUUGAUUCCGGCGUCAUCUCCCAAGAUCCAAAAGUUACAACUACGAAGUAGAGAGUGCUGCUACAGUAAUCAACUGCUCCUCGCACCUCAAGGAGUUCCUUGCGCGUUUCUUCGCAUUCCCGACAGGAUGGAGUCAAUGAGCGCGCGUUGUGGAUCCCUUAUUAUCUGAUUCCUUGGAUAGACCUACAAAAGAAUUAAAAAAUCAGAAAGAAAUUGUUUAAGAAUUAGAUAAAAUGGCAAAUACAGCACAUCUGGUAAGGCGUCAAAGCUCGCGGGACUUGAAGCCACAGAAAAGCGUCGAUCGCUUAGAAAUGAAGGAGAUGAGGGGCCGAUUAGUCGUAGACAAUCACAAGAAUAUAUCCAGUGGAAAUUAUGGGGCCACUAACGCAGCCUUUGACGACUCCAGUCCUAAUAUGAAGAGUAAAUCGGGAAAUGUUGCGACUAAUAAAGGGAACAAACUGGGGAGCAACGAAGAGAAAGCAACGUUUAAACCGGAAGCAGGUGAAGAUGAUCGUGAAAACUGGGAUAGUAAAUUGACCUUCCUUUUGGCUACUGUUGGAUACGCAGUCGGACUUGGAAAUGUCUGGAGAUUUCCUUAUCUUGCUCAGAAAAAUGGUGGUGGUGCUUUUCUUAUUCCUUAUUUUGUAAUGCUGGCUAUCGAGGGCAUACCGAUUUUCUACCUGGAGUUAGCUAUUGGGCAACGACUUAGAAAAGGUGCUAUUGGUGUAUGGAACCAGGUCUCUCCAUACUUGGGUGGAAUUGGCGUGAGCAGUGCUGUAGUAUCGUUCAACGUGGCACUGUAUUACAAUACCAUUAUAGCUUGGUGUCUCUUUUAUUUUGUUCAAAGUUUCCAGUCGCAACUACCCUGGGCUGAGUGUCCUAACAAGUAUUUCCAAAAUGGUUCCUACGCACCAGAACCAGAAUGUCUUGCAAGCAGUCCAACACAAUACUUUUGGUAUCGAACAACCUUGAUGAUAUCAAAAGACAUCAACACUCCGGAAGCCCUUAAUUGGAAAAUUGCUCUAGCUUUGGUGGUAGCCUGGAUCCUGGUUUAUAUGUGCAUGAUCAAAGGAAUUGCGUCCUCGGGAAAAGUUGUUUAUGUCACUGCGACUUUCCCUUAUAUUGUUUUAAUAAUAUUCUUCUUUCGGGGUGUCACUCUACCAGGAAUGUCUGACGGUUUGCGUCAUCUCUUUACACCAAAGUGGUGGACCCUGACUGAUCCGGUUGUCUGGCUGGAAGCUGGCACGCAGAUAUUUUUUUCACUUGGUCUGGCCUUUGGUGGAUUAAUUGCCUUCUCUUCUUAUAAUCCAGUUAAUAAUAAUUGUUAUCGGGAUGCAAUAAUGGUUAGUCUGACUAAUUGUUUCACGUCGAUGUUCGCUGGGAUUGUUGUUUUUUCCAUAAUUGGUUUCAAAGCCACUAUGGUUUACGAGCAAUGUCUAGCUGAGAGAAAUGCUACCCUAAUCAGUAUAUUUGGACACGAAAUGGAACCUGAUAAGAUUCCUAUAGCUGGAGCCUUGAUAAACGUAACUAAUGGAAACGGAUCAUUGGGCAACCUAAUAAUGCCAGAGUUAAUCGAGUGCAACCUGGAGAAGGAACUGGACAAUUCAGCUUCCGGUACAGGUUUAGCCUUCAUCAUUUUCACAGAGGCGAUUAAUCAGUUUCCUGGUGCUCAGUUCUGGUCGGUUCUCUUUUUCCUGAUGCUCUUCACGCUAGGUAUCGACUCACAAUUUGGCACCCUGGAAGGUGUUGUUACCAGUAUCGUUGACAUGAAGCUAUUUCCAAAUCUGCGAAAGGAAAUACUCACUGGAGUCAUCUGCCUCGUUUGCUGCAUUAUCUCCAUGGCCUUCGCCCAUGGUGCAGGCAGUUACGUCUUCGUACUUUUUGACAAUUUUAGUGGAAACUUUCCGUUGCUCAUCAUAGCCUUCUUCGAAUGUAUUGGGGUUUCUUACGUCUACGGUCUCAAGAGGUUCGCCGACGAUAUUGAACUCAUGACCGGUAGUCGCCCUGGACUAUACUGGCUCAUCUGCUGGAAAUAUUUGAGCCCCUUAGCAAUGUUGAGUAUCCUGGUAGCUUCCUUCGUAGAAAUUGCCGUCGAUGGAAGUGGAUAUCAAGCUUGGGUAUCAAGCAAAGGCAUCGCCGAAAGGCAAGACUGGCCAUACUGGUCUUUAAUACUCAUUGCCGUCCUGAUCCUUGCCUCUGUACUCUGGAUCCCAGCAGUAGCGAUAUGCAGAUACAUGGGUAUUCUGAUAAUCGACGAUAAUGAAAAGGCUUGGUUCCCUGCGGCUGAUCUCAAGGAGUUUCACGGAAUCAUGCCGCACGAAGUGACACCUGCAGAGACUCUGCUCUUCUGUAUACGAAGCGACGGCACGGAAGGACUGUGCUGUCCUACAGGAGGUUCAAGAGAUGAGGAUGAGGAGGAUGAGGAUUUAACUUAA